GCACCAGACCCUGGAGAUGAUGUCACUAGAUCCUGAAGGGGGCACCAGACCCUGGAGAUGAUGUCACUAGAUCCUGAAGAGGGCACCAGACCCUGGAGAUAAUGUCACUAGAUCCUGAAGAAGGCACCAGACCCUGGAGAAUGUCACUAGAUCCUCAAUAGGGCACCAGACGCUGGAGAUGAUGUCACUAGAUCCUCAAGAGGGCACCACACCCUGGAGAUGAUGUCACUAGAUCCUGAAGUGAGCAAAAGAGCCUGGAGGUGGUGUCACAAGGUCCUGAAGAGGGCACCAGACCCUAGAGAUGAUGUCACUAGAUCCUGAAGGAAGCACAAGAGCCUUGAGAUGAUGUCACUAGAUCCUGAAGAGGGCACCAGACCCUAGAGAUUAUGUCACUAGAUCCUGAAGAGGGCACCAGACCCUGGAGAUGAUGUCACUAGAUCCUGAAGAGGGCACCAGACCCAAGAGAUGAUGUCACUAGAUCCUGAAGAGGGCACCAGACCCUAGAGAUGAUGUCACUAGAUCCCGAAGGAAGCACAAGAGCCUUGAGAUGAUGUCACUAGAUCCUGAAGAGGGCACCAGACCCUAGAGAUGAUGUCACUAGAUCCUGAAGAGGUCACCACACCCUAGAGAUGAUGUCACUAAAUCCUGAAGAGGGCACCAGAGCCUUGAGAUGGUGUCACUAGAUCCUGAAGAGGGCAACAGCGCCUGGAGAUGGUGUCACUAGAUCCUGAAGAGGGCACUAGACCCUAGAGAUGAUGUCACUAGAUCUUGAAGAGGGCACCAGAGCCUUGAGAUGGUGUCACUAGAUCCUGAAGAGGGCACCACACCCUGGAGAUGAUGUCACUAGAUCCUGAAGAGGGCACCAGAGCCUUAAGAUGGUGUCACUAGAUCCUGAAGAGGGCACCAGAGCCUUGAGAUGGUGUCACUAGAUCCUGAAGAGGGCAACAGAACGUGGAGAUGAGGUCACACGCAAGUUAUUGUGGAUGUGUCUCAAACAGUGGUAAUCUUAACAGUGCAACAGCUGUGUGACUUGGGUGUGGAGCAUUAUUACGGUUAACUUCCUGAAGUUGUCAUGGGUAAAUCAUUGCUGACUUAGAUUAAUACUCUACUUAUUCUCUCACUCAUGAAUCAUAUUUAUUUCAGUGGAGGAAGGCCUUCGGUCCAUGUUAAUGUGCAUAUCAUGGGAAUAUUUGGUCUUACUGUCAAACCACGACUUUGAAAAUAGAUCUGAACAGGUAAAUAUCCCAUGCUGGCAAAUAUUGCUGGCGAUUUUAAGACAAAUAAUCUAAAUUGACUGUUUCACUGGAUUACCUGAAAAAUGAUAAUAAUUAUUUGCUUGUCCUUUAAAAAAUGAAAUAAAAUAUCUCGAAGCAGUGUCAAAAAAAUGUCAAUCUCUUCCAAAAGAGGGAUAAACCUACAUAUAUAUCAUGAUUGCCAGUACACCCUGGGCAGUCAGAGCGGUGCAUGGGGGUUUGCAGUGCUAUUUGAAAGAGGGAGUGCACUUAAAAUAUAUAAUAUAAAUGAAAAUAAUUCGGAACCAAAUUGAGUUUGUUGGCCAGAAGAAAGUCAGUGUAUUGUUAUUUUGUCACCAGAUGAUUUAGUUAAAUGCUUUUCACACGCCAACAUGACAAUUAUGCCUGAAAAAGGGGGGGACGCACCACUUCAUUGACACACACGCCUCCCUAAUCUGGAUCCGCGAACGCUUGUCAACAAAAGUCAACACCAUACAUUCGAUCUGACCUGUAUUUUCCAAUUGAAGGGAGAUAACAAACUUCCGCGUCCAAAGUACACUCUCAUUAAAAAAACACAGUGAAAUACAUUCUCGUUUGAAAUAUGUCCAGUUGACGGACCACCUUAAUCUGGGAUGAAUAUUGUGAUCAUGCAAGGACAAACACUAUUAGCUGCAACAUGUAUUGUUGUCGCCUGUUCUGUACAUUCAGCUGUAUGUGCUAAUCCCUUUGCUGACUUCUUCGAGGUUAUACAACUAACAGCUGAUUACGCCGAAAUAUGCUAUGACUCAGUGAGAACCUACUUUGCUGAAACUUGCCAUGAUCGAUGGAUACACAACAAUCUCACAGGACUGUCAAAUCAUCUUAAUAAGAAGCUAUUUGGCCAACAUCUUGCACUGGAUGCUGUGACCAAUCACAUCCAAAGACACAUCCAGUCUGCUGAACCUGCCCGGGCUCUGGUUCUCUCCUUCCAUGGCAGUAUUGGCACUGGGAAGAGCUACGUGAGCCGCAUUGUAGCAGAACACCUUUAUAGAAAAGGGAUGGAAAGCCAGUUUGUUCAUCUCAUCUCUAUGGCAAGUGAGUUUCCACUUGAAGAAAAGGUGCAAGACUUUAAGGACCAGCUGCGAGCUUAUAUUGAGAGCACCAUCGCCGACUGUCCUCGCUCACUGUUUAUAUUUGACGAGAUGAACAAGAUGCCGCCAGGUAUCAUUGACACCAUCAGGCCCUAUCUCGAGUCCUACAACAAGCUUAGAGGUGUCAACUACCGCAGAGCCAUCUACAUUUUUCUCAGUAACACAGCUGGAAAUGGCAUCGCAGAGUAUGCGUAUCAACAUUGGUGGAAGGGCUACCCCCGGGAGGAUAUCAAACUAGCAGAUGUUAGAGAAAUCAUUAUCCGUACUGCAAUCAGCACAAAAAAUGAACUUUGGCACGGUGAGUUGAUGGACAGGCGCCUGAUAGAAUUCAUCCCCUUCCUACCGCUUGAGAAAUCCCAUGUAAUGAAAUGCGUCAAGGACAACAUGGCUACUAGUGGUCACAAAGUCACCGAUGAGAAAGUUGAAAGUAUUGUGAAAGCCAUCUCAUUCUGGCCUAAGAGUGAGCAGGUUUUCGCUGUAUUUGGAUGCAAAUAAUACACAAAGUGCAUGCUAAAAAAGCUAAAAAAGCUAAAAAAUGUCCUAGCAGCUUCGAAAUACUUAGAAAUAUUACUCAACUGGUUAUGAAGUCAACAGUUUAAUAUAUCAGCAGUCAUAUAUCGUAAAUUGUUGUCACCACCAAAAUUCAAACAUUUUGAGUACAAAUUGGCUCUUUGAAACAAAUCCCGAAACACCUAACAUAUACUCUAGCUUCAAACUAGCACAAACCCUUUACAAUUUUAGACAAAAGUGAAACAACAUUUCUGAGAGAAUUUUCAUACCUCCGACCUAAAAGAGCGGGGGGAUUUUAUAAUACCAAGGAAUUCCGUCCGAACUUCCGAGAACAUUUUUUGUGCUACCUAGAUCUUGAAAAAUACUGAAUAGAUUCUUUGGAAACAUGAACACUUUCUAUACCAAUAGGAGAGGGCGAAUUUUUGUUUCAAUAUUUGGAUUUUCUGCGAAAGUACAGCUUUUUAUUCAUUUUUGGAUACUUUUUGCAAACAUUUGUGCGACCUAUAACUUAAAACCACUUCAUGGGUUCUUUUUCAAUUAGGGAUACUGCUUACAUAGCAAGAGGAGACGCGCAGUGCAAAGUUUAAUUUCGAUAAGUGGAUUAUCUGAGUAAAUAUGGCUUUUUCAUGUUUUGAACUUAGAAAGACUGUUAUACCUCUGACUAAAAGGGCGGGGUAUAUAGUUGUACCAAGGAACUGCGUCCGUCCGUCCCUCUGUCGUUUGGUUUUGCUGAAGAUAAAAAUACUUUGGGCAGGAUAAAUUGUGCGACCUGUUAGUUGAAAACACAGUUGGGAAAACUUUCAAUGUUUAAUAUAUAUCAGCAGUCAUAUAUCGUAAAUUGUUGUCACCACCAAAAUUCAAACAUUUUGAGAACAAAUUGGCUCUUUGAAACAAAUCCCGAAACACCUAACAUAUACUCUAGCUUCAAACUAGCACAAACCCUUUACAAUUUUAGACAAAGUGAAACAACAUUUCUGAGAGAAUUUUCAUACCUCCGACCAUAGCUAUGUUUUCUGAAGAAAAAAAUACUUUGGGCAGGAUAAAUUGUGCGACCUGUUAGUUGAAAACACAGUUGGGAAAACUUUCAAUGUUACUUAGAUGCAGUGCCAAGAUAUGUGUGAAAUGUCAAAUGUUACUCUCUCUUUCAAACGUACCAUUGAACAUAUGUACUGUUGAACAUUCAAAAGUAUUUCAGAGAGUUUUUCUAGACAACCAAUCUACUCCCUCCUUCAGUCGGUUGAUUUUCUGGAAUAACAAAAAUGUUUUUAUUUUUUUUUACUUUUGAAUCAUGCCAUUACUAUAUUAUAUUAUUGUGCUUUUUAAGAGAAACCGGCUCAACAAUAUAUCUCCAAUAUCAAAGUUGUUCUUCAGCUGAUAUUGGAGUCGAGGAGGGGGGCAUUAGUGAGCCCUGCUCCCUUUUUGCCUUGUUUAUCUCGUGACAUUGGCCUUGACCUCAAAUGACAUGAGACAUGAAAGCUACUAUCAGUAUGAGUGUCAUGUUCCCUUGCUAAAUGAUUUCUGAAAUAAAGUUAUUCGUUAUUAAUCAAA